AUGGGAGGCAUCCUCGAGAUCGGCGCGCUCGCGCCCGCCGGCUUCAGCGCUCGCUCCUGGGACGCCUCGCUGGCGCCCGCGCCGACGAGCUCGCGCCAGUGGCCGCACGGGCGCGAGCGGGUCGCCGAGGGGGCGCAGACUCCGAGGGCUCGCGCGGCCAGGCCGCUCGGGGGUGGCGGGGCCUCAGCAACGGAGCGGGCGCGCCUUCUCCCGCUGCCGCUGGGGCGUGCGUGCGCCGCCGGUGGAGGGCACCGUGACGACAGCCUGCAGCCCGAGGAGGCGGCAGCGGCAGGGCGCCACGCGCCCGACGAUGGCCCAGUGCCGCGGCCGCCCACCAGGCCGCUGCCCAUGCGGCCUCGGCCGCCGCCCAGGCAGUGCUUCGUUUUCGCCGACGGCACCGCCGUGCCUGGCGGCGGGCUCACGGCGUAUCGGCUCGGUGCCGCAGGGGCUGCAGCGGUCAGCAGCACGCCGCCUCUCCGAGGCGCGGCGGAGGGCGCCGAUUCGGAGGGCGACCAGGCGUUCGGAUGCUCCGAGGAUCGGGGGGGCAGCUCCCUGUCAGCCCGGACCGGCGGCUCCCUGUCGGCCCAGACCGCGGGCGGGAGGGCCCCGUGGGCAGCAGUCGCGCCGCCGCCGCCCGCUCCACAGCGGGGCCGCGGCGCCCCUCUCCCAGGAGAGUGGGAGGCUGCGCCACCUGGCGGCGCCAGGGCGGCUGCACGACGAGGAGACCCUUCGCCCCCAGCCUCCGCGGUGGCUGCCUCGGAAGCCUCCGCGCCUUCUCCAGCGGCCGUGCGCCCCCGCGCUCGGGCAAGGCAGCCGCGGACGCCAGCGAGCUCAUCGCCCUCGCCCACGUGCGCCCGCUGGCCACCAGGGCGGCUCGAGGCGCCGAUGCCCCAGGCCUGCUGCGCCUCGGCCGGGACGGCAGCGGCUCCGGUCACGGCGGGGAGCGCCUCCCCGCCGGGGCAGAGGAGAGGGCCGCCUCGUCGACGAGGAGGACGGCGUGAUGCUGGAACAGACGGGCCUCAGGACGCGCCGCGGGGGUGCGGCAGCGAAACUCUUGCUUGCAGAGCCUUCCAGGGGCAGCCUGCCGUUGAGCUCCUCGCUGGCGAGCUUCGCCGGGGUCGGCCUGUCGCUGAGCCCCUCGCUGGCUAG